AUGGAAGCAACGGACAUCGGAAACAAAGAGGAGGGGAAGAUCUGGCAUAGAAAACCUACAGCGGGGCGGAGUGUGUUGGUGACAGUGGUCCGCACAGCUCAUCAGGCCAAGACUGUGCGUUUCCUCCAUGUUGCCUUUGACACCACUGGGGACACCUUCCUGGCUGGAGAUCACCAUGGAAACAUCUAUGUCUUUGACAUCAGCAGAAACAGGUUUCGCCUGGUGCAGAAGACAGGACAGGCCUGCACUGCACUUACAUUCAGCCUCCGCAGGACCACAGAGUUCCUUGUGGCUUUGGCUGACUACACUAUCAAAUGCUUUGAUAAAGACACAAAACAGUUGGUGAGUUGGAUGCGAGGUCAUGAAGGAGCAGUUUCAUCCAUCUCUGUGCACAGCUCUGGGCGCUAUGCUAUCACCACGUCCUCAGACACGGCCCAGCUCUGGGACCUGGACACCUUCCAGAGGAAGAGGAAGCUUAACAUUAGGCAGACUGUUGGCAUUCAGAGGGUGUUCUUCCUGCCUCUCAGCAACACCAUCCUCAGCUGUUUCAGUGAUGACUCCAUCUUCGCGUGGGAGAGUGACACACUUUUCUGCAAGUACCAGCUACCUGUUCCUGACAGUGGGCCCAGGAUCUCCUACAAGGCCUUUGCUGUCACGCGUGAUGGCAAAAGCCUCGUAGCAGGGGGUCGCUCCAACCUGUUGCACCUGUGGUGUCUGGACAGCCAACAGCUGGUCAGAGUGAUACAGAUGCCCUGUCAAGUUCGAACUGUUAGACAGCUGGAAUUCCUGCCUGACAACUUUGAUGGAGGAGCCAGCCAGACGCUUGGCGUGCUGAGUCAGGAUGGGGUAAUGCGCUUCAUCAACAUUCACACCUGUAAACUUCUCUUCCACAUGGGUUCCCAUGAUGACGCCAUUUCCGCAGUGGCAGUCAGCCCCAAUGGCCGACAUAUCGUAGCCAUCAUGGACAACGGGAGCAUUAACAUCUACAGUGUCCAGAGUCUCACACAGGAAUUAAACAAGCCGCCCUCGUCCCAGGUGGCUAUAGUUUCUGGUGGUGAAGCGGAUCGGGACCUCUCAAAUCUAAAAAUGAAGGUUAGGUCUGAGGCAGUUCACAGACCAGCUAAAAGCUCUGGCAGAAGAACGCAGGUGAAGAUUCUCAGACCACCUGCAUCAUCUUCUGCUGAGGAUAAAGAGAAUGAACUUCCUGCUGGUCUGAAUAAGAAGAGAUUGGUGGCUCUGCUUAAAGCUUUUGGAGAAUAUCCAGCAAAAUAUAGGAUGUUCGUGUGGCGGUCUUUGCUGUGCCUCCCAGAGAACCACGCAGCAUACAGCAGUCUGACCGACAAAGGUCUGCAUUCUGCCUUCCUCACUCUGCAUGAUAAGUACCCCAUCAAGAGCCACAAGCUGCAGAGAGGACUGCAGAGGGUUUUGUCUGCUUUGGCUCACUGGGCAGCCAUCUUUGGAGAGGUGGAAUAUCUCCCGUUGGUAGCCUUUCCUUUCGUCAAGCUCUUCCAGAACAAUCCGAUGCUGUGCUUUGAAGUAGUGGCCACUCUCAUCGUGAACUGGUGCCAACACUGGUUUGAGUAUUUCCCCAACCCUCCUUUGAACAUCCUGAGCAUGGCAGAAAACGUUCUGGCUCAUCACGACAAGGAGCUGCUGCAGCACCUGGUGGACUGCGGCAUCACCUCGCAGGUCUACGUGUGGUCCCUGCUGGAGACCCUGUUCUCAGAGGUCCUGACGCGUGACGAAUGGCUCCGACUGUUCGACAACGUCUUCUCCAACCAUCCGUCCUUCCUGCUGGUGGCCUGCGUGGCCUACGUCAUCUGCUGCCGGGAGCCUCUGCUCCUGUGCUCCCAGAAGCAGGACUUUGAGUACUUCUUUCACCACCGCAACAACCUAGACGUCGGGGCCAUGAUAAAGGAGGCUUACCGGCUCAUGAGCAGCACGCCCGCAGACAUCCAUCCCAGGACUCUGCUCUCUGACUUCACAGCCCUCACCAGUGGCCAGUAUCCUGUAUUCAACCAGUACCCAGAAUUCAUAGUGGAAUACCAGAGCAGAGAGAAGGAGAGAAUACGACUGCAAGAGAUGGAAUAUCUGCGUGAGAGACAGGAAGUGUCGGCACUUCGUGCAGAUUUUGUGCGUCGCCAAGCUGAAGAGGAAAUCUAUUUUACACAACAGGAUUUGCUGCAGAAAGCAGAGGAGCAGCGCAGAGACAUCCUGGCACAGGAGGAGGAAAAGCUAACGCAGCAGAGGGCAAAGUUGGCGGCCAUGAAGAGAGAGCUGAAAGUGAAGGAACUGCAGCUGCUGGAUGCAACCAAGAGACGCUUCCUCAAACACCAGCAGGACCUGCGAGCCUCACAGAUAAAAAGGCUAGACCAGGACAUCAGCAGGAAGAUGGAUCUCCGGGAACAAGAGACAGCAGCAGCUGUCCAGGAUCUGGAAGUGAGACAGAUGGAGCUGGAAGUUCAAAGGAAACGGCUUGAGCAGCACUUGCUGAAGGAGCAGGAACGCGUAGAGCGGGCGGUUGAGGAGGAGGUGCGGCUGAAAAUGAAGGAGGCAGAGAGAGUGGAGGAGGGCCGCCCAGAGCUGCUGCACAACACAGAGGCUGACAUUCAGGCCCUGGAGGAGUCCCUGGCAGAGGCCUACCAGCUGGGCUUGGAGUCAGACUGGCAGAAGGAAGUGGUGGAGCGCCUGCAGCAGGUGGACGAUGAGAAGGAGAGGAAGAGGGAGAGACUGACAGAGCUCCAACGGCAAACUGUGGCGGAGGAGCAGAGACUGGCCGACACCAUGAGAGACGUGGCUGGAAGGAAGUGGGAUGAAGUGAUGAGUGCCAGAGCCCAGUUACAGGAGCAGAGGCAGCCCUGGUCUUUAGCAGAAAUGGAUGUGCAGAGACAAAGGGGAACACAGUCACUACAUCAGACCGGAAGGGCUCCGGACAGAACUGCUUUUUCUGCUGGAACCAAAGCGGCCCCCCCGGCAGCCAGAGGCAGAUCCGCCUCCACUCUGAGGCCGGCAGGGACCACCAUGGUGUGUCUCAACAGCAGCUCGCCCUCAGAGAGCACAUCCACCAACUUCUCUCUAGACCGAGGCCGAGCCCAGCUGGACAACAGCGAGAGACAGCUGCUGAAGGAAAUCCGAGAACUGAGGCAGAAGCUGGCGGCCAGAUCAAAAGAGAGCCGCUCGACCUCCUCACCGUCUGUCCACACGCUGUCCUCCGUCUCCCAGUGACCACAAGCUGCCUCUCUGACACCACGCUGCCAGGGAAGCAUAUUCUCGUCUCGAACUCUGCACAGCGGGCGUGCACUGUGGUACAGGACGUCCAGGCCUUUGGGGAAGGUGAGGCGGCGGGUUCUGGACCUCCGCAUCCCCUCCUCCUCUUACUGUGACUUUGUGGUCAGCGGACGCAGACUGGACCUCAGCCACAACGAAAGCGCCCGGCUCGCCGUGGACUGCUUACUCAACCGGGAUUUGGAGGGAUACGAGAGGGUGCUGAAGGCGGACGGAGAAGUGGACUUCCUGUCCCAGACGGAAAAGAGUUACAUCUUGGAAAACGGGACAGAUGUUAACACAGAUGGAGCAGGAGAACCGGAUGAGGAGGACAAAGACUUUGAAAGUCUGUCUGCUGACGGCCGCUGCUCUGCACCGUCAGCGGUCACUGACUCCACGGUGGACUGUUUGGACCAGAGUGGCCCCAAAGAUGUGAAAUGGAUCCCUGGGAGCGCAGACGAUCAGAGCAUUGGGGUUUUCUUCCAGUCGGACAGCAGGGCGGCGGGCAUGAAGGACCUGCUCAGACAGCUCAUCAGAAAGGCCAACACGGCCCUGGCCAUCGUGAUGGACAGCUUCAGCGACGCGGAGCUGCUGUGCGAUCUCCUGGAGGCCAGCAGGAAGAGAAACGUGUCCGUCCACCUGCUGCUGGACCACCAGGACCUGAACACGUUCGUCAGCAUGUGGCAGGACCUGAAACUGGACGGCAAGAACUUCCCUAAGAUGUCCGUGAGGAGCGUGCGUGGGCAGACGUACCGCGCAAAGACGGGCAGGAAGCUGACGGGUCAGAUCGCACAGAGUUUCGUCAUCACUGACUGGACGGAGGUGCUGACCGGCUCGUACAGCUUCACCUGGCUGUCCUGGCAGGUCCACCGGAGCGUGGCCGUGCUGCUGAGGGGCAGCUCCGUCACCCCCUUCCAUCACGAGUUCCAGCGCCUCUACUCCGACUCCCAGCCCGUCCUGGGGUUCGCCGCUUUGGUCACUCCGCCGCAGACCCUUUGCCCGGCGUCCCGCGACGGCCGGGAGAGCGGCGCGGUCACCGGCCGGGGGCGAUUCGACGAGUCCAAAACCGCCGCCCUCUGGACUUGGCUGGAAGAGGCGGAGGGCGUCGACGCAAAUCCAGCAACGGCCGUUUGGGGCACCGGCCGGAGCGCAUUGGCCUCGGGCCCUGAGAGGGACCCGCCGGCCGCUGGACCCGAGCUGCAGAGUGCCGAGAGGCCCGUUUCAGGGUCCAACCUGCUGGCUGAAAGGAGUCGUCGAGACCAGAGCCACCUCCUCUACCCUUCAACUCAACAGCAAAUGCAACCAAUAGCAAGCCACCGAUUCCUUCAUUACAGCCAAAUUCAAACCAAAAUCUUCUUCCAGGAACCCAGAUGGCAAGAUCAGUCUCAGAGGCCACUGUUUCACCCCCAUUCUAUCACCACCCCCCCCUACUCAGAGCCCCCGGCGGCAGCAGCUGGAGCCCAUCUCAGGCCUCACCUGCAGGCGGACUCUAAGCCGUUCCCGCCAGGCGGGAGGCUCCAAAUCCACCAACUGCCCACCAGCUACCAGCAGACGAACUGCCCUCCCUGGCUAAAUCGGACCCCCCAAAGCCACCAGGCAGCAGGGCCCGGGGCGGUGGCUCGGUACAACUCCUUCGGUGGCAGCGGCGCGAGGGAGGGGCUGGACUGGAGGAGCCCUCAGAGGAGCCUCCAGAGCAGCAGGAAUAUGGCCCAGAGAGGCACCGCAGGCCUGUUUUAG